GUUGGUCUGGCAACGUAAAUAUAUUUUGAAGAAAAUUGUCACAUAGAGUACUAGAUAGCUUCAGUUUAGGUUUUUUCAACUAGUUCCAUUAUAAACAACAGAUCAGGAUCGUAUCACUUACAUUAACAUGUCGGGGAAUGUCGAUAUUAUGGAUGGCAUAGAGCCAUGUCGGACGUGUGGUAUAUUCUAUUUGACAGCAUCAAAUUUCCUACGUAAGAUUUUUGACUCGUGCACAGAUGAGUAUGACUUAUCAAAUAUUCGAUCAGAAUUAGCUGCUUGGAACGUUGAGAUUAAUUCAAAUGAUGGAUUGCCGCAAUAUAUUUGCACGUGUUGUAUUCUGGAAUUUCAAAAGGUUUUUAAAUUCCGGAGCCUGUGUGUAGAGUUACAAUCCCAAUGGAAGAAUUUAUAUAAUAUACGAGAACAAAAUAGAAUAUAUAUUAAAAAGGAGCUGCCCGAUCCAGAUGAGAAGAGUGAAAAUAUCUGCGAUUUUAUUUAUGUUGACGACCUAAGCGAUAAUGAAUACAAUGGAGAAGGUGAUGGAAGUUUUGCUCAUUUUAAUAUUUCUCACAUUCCUAUUAAAGAGGAAGUUAUAGAUGAUGCGCCCAUACACAAUGAGAAUUGUGUUUCAACAAAUAAGAACACAUUUAAUGAAGGCAUUAUUAAGAGUACAGAGAGAGUUGUUGAAAUCAACCAAACAGAGAAUUUAAUUCAAAUUCCGGAUAUCGAUUCGAAAAGAUUCGUGUCUCAAUUGGAGAGUUCCGUAAGCUCGGGUUCAUCAUUUGUAUUAAACGCAGAAAAAGAAAUGCCAGUGCAAUGUAAUUUGUGCAGACAUAUGUCCGCCAGCACAGAAUUGCAUAAACAGCACAUGCAGAGAAUACAUGAACUGAAAGACAUGGAGUGCCAUAUAUGCGGAAAGCAAUUUAAAAAUGCUACUGCUACACGUCUCAAAUUUCAUAUGAAAUGGCAUAGAAUUAGCAAACAUAUUAAAUGUACUCAAUGCGGAUUUUUCUGUGACUCGCGUGAGACUCUUAAAGAACAUAUCAAAGCAUUUCAUUCCAAAAUAGAAUGUACUAAAUGUGGCAAACGCGUCUUGGGAAAGAAGAUGAAAAUUCAUAUGCGCGCUCAUGGAUUUAGAUCAUGGCAAUGUUCUUACUGUGAUAAUGCGUUUGAUUCAGAGAAUAUACUUGAGGCUCAUAUUUGGCAAAUACAUGCGCAAGAAGAUGAGAUGCCUAUUGCUGCAGAAGAGAACAAUUCUCCCAGUAAGUUAUUGAAGGAAGAACAACUUCUAUCUUGUAGUCAAUGCUCUCAACUUUAUCCUACGCAAUAUCAACUUAAUACACACAAGCUGCUUUGCCAUUUCAAAGAAAAUAGCUCUGACGUUGAUUCCUUUUGCAAUGCAGAACUUCAAAAUGAACAAUUUCACUACUCAGAUAGAAAAGAUCCGGCCAUACCAAUUUCAAAUUUAGAUAAUGUUAACGAACUAAUUGAAGAAACCGAAGUUCAUUUAGAAAGCUCAUACAAUUCCAGCAAUAAUAAUGAUUUUACACAAGUUAUCUCUUCCGAUGAGGAAACCGAUGAAAGUAACACUCAAUCCAAAGAUAUUGCUUGUCCAAAAUUCACACAACCAUUUUUAAACACGGAACAACUUUUUAGCCACUAUCAACAGCAUAUGAAAUCUGAACUUAGCUGUCAUAUAUGUGGCAAAUCCUUUGAACUCAAGUUUAGUCUUAAUCGUCACUUGAAAAAGCAUAAUAAUACGUAACUUAAAUACUUUCAUAAAAUGUUCCAUUUAUAUACAUGUAUUAAAUGAUUAUGUGUAAACAAAGUAUAUUAAAAAUGAUUAAAUGUAAACAGAGUAAGAAUGUA